AUGUAUGAAACGCUGCCGCUCUCACUGCAGUCAGAAAUUUGUCUGAGUGUGAACCGCUGCGCGCUGAGCAAGUCGCCGAUGUUCCAGAAGCUGGACGAAGGUUUUCUGCGCUCCAUCGCGCUGAAGAUCAAAAAUAAGUUUUACCUGCCCGGACAGAUCGUCAUCAACAAAGGCACAGUCAGCCGCUCCAUGUACUAUAUCGUGCGCGGUGAGCUGGAGGUCCUCAGCGAUCGCGAUAACACCACGGCGGUGGCCGUGCUCCGCGCGGGCAAGCUCUUCGGCGAGGUCAACCUGGUGCUGAACUUCGCCCGGACGGCGACAAUCCGAGCAGCCACACACUGCGACCUGCUGGUGCUCAGCCAGCACGACGUGACGCCCGUGUUGCUGCACUACCCCGACGCACGCCUUGCCAUGUGGGUGUAUGUGAGGGAGCUGUUUGAUACCGACUUUGAGAGCAAUGCUUCACUGGCCAGUGUGACGGCGGAAAAGUCCGGUCUCGUCAGCACAAGACCGGUUGGGAAGCAAUCCUCCGGCAGAAGGUUCUCGCCAACUUUGAGCGCUAUGGCGGAAGGCGAUGAAAGUCCCAUAACCCCAGAGGCCAAGCUGUCAUUGUUCGAGGCAAAAACGCAAGAGGAGAAUGAAAAUGGAAGCAUGCCAUCCAAAAAGGAACAAGGCUUUUCAUCCAGGUUCCCAAAACUUGCACAUUCCGCUGGGUUUACAGGCAACGCUUCUGCUGCUACCCUAGAGCAGCGGAAUAUCGCCAAGGAUACCCUGAUGAUGUCGCCAAGCGUACCUGUGUUUAGAGAAAGGGCUGGAUCGUUUGAAUCUUUUGCGAAUAUGUCGUCACACGCAAAGCUACAAAAUCAGUCAUCAAAACCUUCCACGCAAGCAGGACAGCUAGACAAGCCGAGAGCGCAUUUUUCGCCGUCUACCCGAAAGGUAUCGAGCAGCGAACAGCCGCGCGGAAGCGCUGAACAGUGGGAGCCGGUCCCAGCUUUUGAAAAACCGGACGAGCUAACGCACGUCACUGGUAGCGGCGAAUUACGAAACCGACGCUUCACCUGGGCUAAAGGUGAAAGCGUUUACAAACAGGUGAGGCGUCCCACCACUCACAUUCUACCUUUGGACACGUCCGAACUGCAUCUAGACAACAGUGCAGCCUUGCUCCGGCCGGAGAAGGUUCACGACAAGACCCUUGUCCAUAGGCUGUGGACAAUCGUCAAGAAUCCGUGCAUUGAAGACGACGGCCGGUUCGCCAUGGUCUGGAAGACGAUUGUUUGCCUGGUUGUAAUAGCACAAUGGUACAUCUAUCUAUACUACGCGAGCUUUGAAGAUGGGUACUCCCCUGGGCUGUUGGCACUAACGUACUUGCUGGACACUGUCCAUGUGGUAGACAUUGUGUUCAGCCUAAUGACCAUCGUCAUCAGUCCCCGGAAAACUUAUGAAACGUACAGUGACAUCUUCCACUACCGCAUCAAAAAGGUGGCGUUUUACUUGGACCUGCUGGCCGCGCUACCACUGGACUUAAUCUGCGUGCCGUUUGUGAUAUCCAUGUCAUCCGUUAGGCCAAGUCGGCUGGUCACUAUCUGCAAGCUGAACAAACUGGCCAAGGUUUGGGUGAUACCUCAACGUUUUAAGUAUCUGGAAGACCAGCUGUAUAUACCACUGAGCGCCAUCCGCCCUGUAGAACUGAUCACCUACAUUCUGAUGGGCAUCCAUUUUUCGGCUUGUUUGUGGUUCAUGGACUCGAAUAUCGACCAGAUCCUAUUCGAAAAACCGCAUACUGACAUGUGGAUGGAACAGUUUACCUAUAUCAAAAAGAUGGAGCAAGUUUCAAAAGCGAAUACUACGUCUAGAGGCGACACGUACAUUCUGUCGCUGUACUGGGCCGCAGCCACGAUGUCCACCACUGGAUACGGUGACAUCGUGGCAAUGACCACCUUGGAAUACCACAUUAGCAUCUUAGUCAUGGUGUUUGGGCUGGUGCUUUUUGCCUUCUCGUUAGCCUCAUAUGCAUCGCUUUUAACGAACCAAGAACGACCCAAGAUAAACUUUCAAUCAAUCGUAUUUGCCAUGGAUCAGUUUAUGGUGGAAAACCGGUUGGACAAGCUCCUGCGAAUGCGCGUUCUGCGUUAUCUCCAGCUUCAGUGGCAUACAUACAACGGCUUGGUCAUGUCUGGCAAUGCCUUUUUGUUGUACGAUCUGCCCGAAGCACUGCAGGAAGACCUGGCCUCCGACGGCAUUGUCAAGCUACUGGGCGACAUCCCUCUGUUUUACGGCACGGACUUGGCCUUUCGACAGGCACUUGGGCGCAAGUGUUCACGUUACCUCUUCCCACCCAACGAGUACGUGUUGUACAGCGGAGACCUGAGCCGCGACAUGUACAUUGUGGUGCGUGGGUACUGCGAGUCGUACCUCGGCAACAGGGAGAAGUCUCUCGGCCUGAUCGGACCGGGGCAAUACUUCGGCGAGGCUGGUAUGCUGUACGGUCUGCCGAGGCCGACUCACGUCGUCACACGGACCCACUGCGAUCUGCUGGCAGUCCCACACAGCGAAUUUCAGCGCAUUAUGAAAAAGUUCCCGACAGUUAAUAAGGAAAUCUGCGAAAUUCAGGAGAACGCCGCCGUCCUGCGCGCUGUCAAACUGAACCAUGCACGUGUCUGGCGCCUAGCUAGUCAGUUUCCGAGCCGGCAGGGCUCGCUUUUUACCCUGGACGAGCCUCCGUCCUUCGUCAAAUUAUCGGAGGAAGAACGGAAGGAAGGAGAGGGUCAAAACCCCUUUGACCGGCUGGGGCGUCUGUCGUUUCUGGGCCGACUGCUGAUGCAGCGCACUGUGCGGCCAGACGGCAAGUUCGCCACGAGGCUGGCGUGCGCUCGUCUGGUGGUCAUCAUGCUGCUGCUCAUCAUCACGCCGGUGCACGUCACGUUUCUGCCACAGGCGCUCGGCCUUUACGUCAUUGGCUUCAUGCUGGAUGCAACGACUGCGGCCUACAUGUACCUACGGCUGCACUCCGCGUACUAUGAUGCUUCAUGCACGUUAGUUUCUCACCCUUUGUUGACAGCUACCAACUACUUAGUGUCGGCCUUCUCACUUGACAUGAUCGCCUCAUUUCCUUUUGAUAUAGUCGCCAUGCUAUUUUACGUUGGCAACGUAUAUGAGAAUCUCCAUACGAUCGUGCUUUUUAGGCUGAAUCGUCUCGUUCAGGCAUACGAGUUCUUCUUGGCCUUUUCUCACUGGGAAAAGGAAGUGCUUCUUCGCAGGGGACUGCUAAAGGCUAUAAAACACCUUUGUUAUUUUGGGCUGUAUGUGCACAUUAUCGCUUGUUUCUGGGCAUAUCUGGCCUGCCCGACGUCGGCGCCAGAACACGUUACGCCAUGGGAUCCUGAAGAGCGUCUUCUCGAAUUUCAUUACCACAACCAUUCUGAAUUUAUUUCACUGCACAAAAACUGCCGUGACAUAUCCUGGUAUUCCAUCUCUGGAUUCACGAAAUACAGAGGGCCAUUAGACUUUUACGUAAUCAGUGUGCUGUUUACCUUAGAAAUGGUCGCUUCGGUGGGAUAUGGACACAUCACUCCUCAAACACGCACUGAAUACAUAAUAUCAAUUAUUUUGAUGGUGCACGGAGUAAUCUUUUUCGGCUAUAUCAUCGCCAGUGUGACAGCUAGCCUCGUGAACGCAGACACUACUCGGGCCAAGUUCAACGAGCGGGUGAAGAAACUUCGCAAACAAAUGUUGUAUGAGGUGGUUCCCGUGGUUCUGCAGAAGAAGGUAGUGCGUCACAUUGAGUACGAGUUUUCUCGGUCACAGGGUAUGCAGGCUCAUUUGCUCUUCUCGAACCUUCCUCCUAGCAUCCGAGGAGAUGUCUCCUUUGUUUUGUUUGAAAGCCUCAUCAGCUCUGUCCCGAUCUUUGAGACUAUCGAUAACAGCUUUCACCGGAUGCUGGCCAUGUGCCUCAAGGAGGCGUUCUUUCUGGAGGGCGAAACGGUCAUUUUUGCGGGGGAUAUGGGCCAGGAGAUGUACUUUAUUCAUCGUGGAAUUUGUGAAAUUAUUGAUCAGGAAGGCACUGUAACCGUUUGUCUCGGUCCCGGUCGUUUCUUCGGGGAGGUGAGUGUCAUGUACUCAAUUCCGCGGACGGCAACGAUUCGCGCCCAGACGAACACAGAUCUGUUUGUGCUGACGAAAAGUGAUCUCCAGGAUGUUUUGGAAAACUAUCCGGAGAUCAAGCGCGAAAUUGAGCGCAUCGCCAUGGCCAGACUGCAUGCCACGGGCAAUCGUCAGUCGUCGAAAGUAAGCCAGAACUUGAGCUACAGGCGGCUCUCGAAGAGCCCUGGCGCGCCGGGCUCGGGCGUCGGCAUUGGGUCUGUGGAGAUGCGUCAUGGUCGCAAGCACAAGUCUCAUCAUAGCCGUAGUUUGAUGGACCAGCUGGCUUCGGCACUUCCACGCCCAUUUAACAGCAGCGAAAGGCACGAGCAGCGUCGACACUCCAUGCUGACAGAGGAGUAUCAGGAGCUCCUGGAUCAAGAGGAAGCGGAGCAGCGAGGCGACGCCAGGCAAGUAACACCACGAGGCUCGUUUGCCCAACAAGUGAAACAAGCGGUGUCAAGCUUCACCCACGACUGGAUUUCGUCGCAUCCGGUAAAUUUCCACAGGAGCGGCGGUUCCCAUUUGGGUCUUUCUGCGGGGCACAUAGCAGACGUCGGCUCUGGGGGCUCGGAGCAGCGUGCACAGAGCCAAUCGCCGCCACCCGCAGAAAGCGGCGCUCCAGCGCCCAUCCCCAGUGCAUCUCAUGAUUCGGGACCGGGUGGCAGUCAACCCAUGAUAAAAACCAGCACGGCGAACACGAAGGAAAGCGCGUCUAAGACACAAAACGGAGACAAUAUGGCGGAAGCGCUCACACGCGUGCCUUCUAUUCAAGUAAGUUUGUCGCACGACGUCGUCCCUGACGAGAAGAGUGACGUAAUGCCGGCGAGCUCUGGAUCGCAGCGCGUAUCACCGAGUGUCUCCAUCACCAGCAACGCCUCCGGUGAAGUCCGCGAGGUGUACAUGAGCGAACAGACCAUUGAAGUCGAGUCCAAAAUGUCAUUCGACUUGGAACCGACGGACCACACACCAGCCACCGGGCGGCAGAGCCAAUGCUCGCGGAGUUCGGUGGACCAUUCCAUUAAGUCAGACCGGUCGCACGUCAGCUAUCACAGCAUGCGCGGCGAGCUGCGAGCGCCGUCGUGCUUCACCAAAUGGUGUCGGUGCACCGGGAGGCUGAUGGAUAGACUACUUCCUUCCAACUUUGUCAUCAACCCAGAGUCCAGGUUGCUCCUCAUAUUCAAUCUCUUCCUGACAGUCUGCGGCGCGGUAUCCAACGCCGUGCUCUUCUACCAAGCGGCAUUUGUGGACUUCAGCGUCCAGCUGGACGUUGUGCUCGGCCUGUGCACCUGCGUUUACAUUUUCAACAUUUACGUACGGAUGCACACGGCUUACUACGAUAAUUACGGUGACCUUGUACGCGAUUACAAGACUGUGAGGCGGUUCUACAUGCAUCGCCCGACAGGUUUUCUGGUUGACGUUCUCUCGGCCCUGCCGAUCGGGGUGCUAAUCCUCAUCAAACCCGAAAGCAUCGUCCUCCGUCGCACCGUUGCGAACGUCCGUUUCGUGCAGCUGACCCGCGUCUACAUGGCGUAUCACUUUUUCCGCACAUGGGAGCGUCGUCUCAACGCGCCGAUUUUGUUCCUUCGAAGCCUGCGCGACCUCGGCAUCCUGCUGAUGCUGUUCCACAUCUGCGCGUGCUUCUGGUACAUCGUGGCCUGCCCGAACGCGCAUUGCAAAGAUGGCUCGUGGGUAUCUAAGCGUCAUCUGUCGGAUUCGACAAAUCUCGAGAUUUACGUUAACUCUGUCUACUUCAUCGUGGCAACUAUGACCAGCAGUGGUUACGGAGAUAUUCAUCCUCAGACCAUGGACGAGGCGACGCUAUGCAUCCCCAUCAUCAUGCUCGGAAAAUUCGCGCUAGGUAAGUCAGACACGCGUGGUUGUCUCCACUACGCUGGCACCAAAUGUUCCCAGCACCCAAUGCGGUGCUUCCCUUUCUUGAUUGUGACAUUUUCGCCGCCAGAAACAGAGUACGAUGCAUAUGCUCUGAUCCAGUUUUGA